ACAAAAGUCCAUUGAAACCAUAAUGGACCUAAACUAUAUUGGUAUAAGUUCUUUGCCCAUAGGGCAGGGAUUGCUGUGGUAUAGACAUCAAAGUAAUGAGAAUAUCAAAUCAAGUAAAGAGAAAGAAGAAAAGGAGGAAGAGAAAAAGAAGCAAGUAAAGGAGGAAGAGAAAGACAAGGUAGAGAAAGAAAAGUUAGGAAAGGAUAAAGAUGAGGUAGAGAAGAAAGGGAAAGAAGAUAAAGAAGAAGAAGAGGAGGAGGAGGAGGAGGACGACGAGGAGGAGGAGGAAGAAGAAAAAGAAGAGGAAGAAACAGAUAAAGAAAAGGAAGAAGGUGAAAAAGAAGAUGAAGAUGUGAUGAAAGUUGACAACGAGGAGGAACAAGAGAAAGAGGAAGAUCUUCAAGAGAAGGAAGAGGAUGAGGACGAUGAAAAAGAGGAAGAGGAGAAAGAAGAUGAAGAAGCUGGUGAUGAAAAAGUGGAAGAGGAACAAGAAGAAGAAGAAAAACAUUUCUUCCCAAUUUUCCUAUGCGGGGGAGCAUUUUGACUGGGAAGAAAUUGACCUUGACUAUCCUCCUUACUUUGUUUCCUUAUUUCUCUUCUACCCUUUAGGGUCCCUUUCCAACAGUUCCUAGUCAUGCUACAGCACAACAAGGAUGUUCUGCAAUAGAAACAAAUCAAGACAUUUCACAAGCAUCAAUGAAGUCUGUCAGAAGGUGAAACCCAUCACACUCCACCUUUCAGUUUACAUCUUUCCCUGCCAUUAGCAACAAUGAACCCCUCUUGAGGUCUAUUACUUUAUUAAAAGGGGCUUGAGCAAGGACACAA